GAGUUGUCAUUCGGCAAUUUUGACGUACGGGGCUGGAGGAGGUUUAACCAACCCGAGCUGAAGACCAUCAGAAAAAAGUACAGCAAAAGGUAAUGUGGCUCGCUCACACUGGGUGGUCAUCAUCCAUGUCAGCGAGAUGACGGGAGCCACAGAUUGUCCCUGGACAGGUAGUUAGGAGUGUGUGUAUCCCUGGACGGAGAAGAGACGAACACUCGGGACCAGCAUUGUACAUUACUAAGGGCCCGGGAUGCCCAAGGAACCGAGAGGAGAUGCCCAAGGGUGUGUAGGGGAGAGGGAACGCACCUUUCGUCCAGCCAGUAAAAAUGAUAAGGACAAAAGCAACAGUGCCGCCCUUUUGGCAUCUAGAGCAAGAGCACACACUGAAAAGGAAACAUAUGGACGUGACUCCCGCUGCUCUGAGAAAGACUCUGGUUACUCAGACACUGGCUCAGAUUCCUUGCAAACUGAUGCAGAUGACCAGCAGAGCAGUGUGAAUGAGCCUCAGGUACGCAAAGGUUUGGGUGGGGUGGAUCAAGGCCCUCUACAGGGAAGCCACAUACUGGUGUCCGGGAUCCCUGAACUCACCCCCAUAUUCAUCAUUAAGAAUGUGGUGUUAAAGCAGCCAGGACAGUCUGGUCAGGACCACAUCCACCCUUCAUCACUGUCAUGGGGUGGACGUACUACAAGCAAUCAGGGUGCCACCCAUGUUCUCUUGCUACAACAGCCUGGCAUCAAUCAAAGCGCCCCAAUGCACACCCUCAAACCCCACUCACAAAGAUCCGAAAGCAAGGGUGUAAAGAAAAGCACUUACCUCCCCAUCCUAAACUCCUACCCUCGAAUCGCACCUCACCCUAAUAAGAAAACCCCAGAGAAACCUACAACCAGUAGGGGAAGUAACACAGAGGAGCACAGCCUGAGUAAGAGAGUAUGCACAGAGGAAAAAAGAGAGGAGGUGUCCACAACCACGCAAGCGACUAAGCAGCAUCUGCACAAACAGCCAGAGAACAACUUGCUGUUGCACUCUCAAUCCCUUUCACAGUCGCAGUCUGUGGGCCAUGAGACACUUUCUGCCUCUCACCAGCACCGGAGCCCAUGCCGCCCAUCUAGUCCCUCCACUUCCCUCAGUGUGAGCUCUCCGUCUGUCUCAAGCACUCAGACUCCUUCCCCACCCUCUUCCAACGACCUUAUUCAGUCCAGAAAAGAGCCCCAUAAGCAUUGCCAAGGACCGAAAAAUGACACUGGCAAAGGGUCAAACACCCACAAAGGGCCAGCACGGCAUCGUCGCUUCCUCAACACAGUGGAGAUUCUGAGCCAGUCAGGGUUACUUGACAUCACCUUAAGAACACAGGAUCUGCUGCGGCAGAAUGCCGCCGCCGAACGAGACAUAGCCCAGCUCCGCCAACAUGCCAAUCUGCUUUUCCAGGCCACUCAAGCAGGUGUUGAUGCGCCGGCUGCCUGGGAGAAGCUCCAACAAGUCAUGGCUGAGUCUGGACACUAUUCCAGCCUCAAGUGCCUACCAACAGACAGCAAUGAUGGAGGGGACUGGUCUCAAUCAAAGUUGGAAGUCGAGGCAGCCACUAGCACGAAACCUGAUAUUCAUGUGGUAUACAGAUAUGGAGUUAAUGGGACUGAGGAGGUGGCACCCCCAUCUCCUCUUCUAGCUCCCAUGCUAGAUGCAGAAUGGCAGUCAGCAGGUCAAUAUGAUUUUGGCAAUGAUAGCACCACCACUUAUGAGCAAAUCAGAGCCUACAGAGGAACUGCCAGUCUGCCGUAUGAUCCUAUAAUGCCUCCAGACAGCUCUACACAUGAAAACCUGCUUUAGACUGCACCCAGAAACCUGCUGAGCAAUUGGCCUUCCCAGCAGAGAAACAGCAAGUGAGACUUGAUGACACUUUCUUGAACAUCUCAAACAUGACUUCAGAGAUGUUAUGUCUAUAGCCCAAGAUUCAGUAGUCUCCAUGGUAACUCAGGGCUAUGCUCAAGGACAGCAGCUUGACUGUGCUGCAAACCAUCUUCCUGUCUGUCACGUUUCUAUUCAUCUGCAUCAGAAUCACCCAAAGUGUCUGAUGAGAGAUUUGCAGAAUUGAACAUGCAUUCUACAGACUGCCACUCUUUAGUUUAGUCACUGACAUGGUUAUCUGCAUCAGCUUAUCCUGCCUCAUAACUGAAUCAAGUUUUCAAUGGCCACUUGCAAAUGUGUUUUUGAUUGCAACACUUCAUGCAGUCGAUCACAGAGUAAUCACACAUACAGCAGUCUGUUUCCUAGUUUAUGUUGAUUUAUAUCAUAGGCAAGUUGAAUUUACACCUGCUGUCACAGUUUGUAGCAUGUAGUGUUUUUAAAGAACAUGUUCACCUGUGACUGGGAAUGGUAUUUUGCUAAAAUGUGGUAUUAUUACUGGUGAGAUCCCCUCUGUGAGGCCUUAUCACUUAAAAUAGCAUGAGGAUGGUGCAUGAAGAUUCCAAAAGUUAAAGCUUGAACUGUACACACGUGCAAAGACACUUAGAAUUGUGUUAUACUUUUCUCACAGUGAUCUUGGUAAGGUCCACGAAGCUUGUGUUCUUCUAUGCAGUACGCACUUCAUUAAUCUGCUUGCUUUACGUCUUCAUCUUUGACCAUGGACCAAGACAACCAUUACUGAAGCCAUUUGAAUUGGCUUCCCUCUGAAAUGAAGGGUCAAUUUUGAGUGUUUAUAUGAGCUUAUUUCCCAUUAGUUUGAUCACAGAUCUUGACGUCUGUAUUUGUGACUUUGCUUGUGUUAAUGGUGUUUUGUCACAGCCUUAAUGUAUUCUGCAACAUCUGUACGUUUCUUCCCCAAAUUCUCGAGUACUGCAGAAAGCUGUUUGGCACAUUUUGAAACAGAGGAGUAAAGUCCAGGGGUCAGAAAGUAAAAUUCCUGCCAUAUGUUUAUUCCACCCAUGAACUCAGCCAGCUGAUUUCACUAAGUAGUUCUCCUGGCUGAAAAACUGUGCUAAUGAGUAAAUCCAGGUGAUUGGAACAAAAUACUGAGGGGGACUUUUACUUUCUGAACCUGGACUUUACACCUCUGCUCUUGACAUGACACUAAUAUAUUAUUUGUUGCUGUUUUGGUAUAUUUUCAUUUAUUUACUUACUGGGUAUUUCUGAGUAAUCAGAGCCACUGAUUUGUGUCUAAGGAAGCCGUCAGGCCUACUUAGAGAUUUUCCAGAAUUCUGCUGUCAUUCACAAAAUUGCAUACAUAAUCAUUGCAUAUUCAUUUAUGAAAUAUAUUGACUAAUUUGAUUAUGCUUUCAGUUUAGUACUUUCAGCUUAGUUUAACAUUUUAUGUUUCUAUGCUGCAUAAUAUACAAUCAGUAAAGAAAAGGAUGAAAAAACUGCAGUCCUUCUUUAUGACAGAUAUUCCUCUACCUUAGCUCUUUUUUAUAGAUUUUGAUGGGGUGUUUGUACACAACAAUGAUCUCAAGUCCAAAUAAAUGGCAGUACAGUAGGGAUGUUCUGAGCCGUGUGUGUGUAUGUGUGUGUGUCCAGGUGAAGCAGAUGAUGAGUUUGUGUUUGAAAUUAAUGGCAUGUAACGACAUGAUCGAUAUUUGUGCUUCCCCAUGUAGCAGCACAAGGAGUAUGUGAUGCAAUUCUAAUGCAUCUAAAGAAUGAUUCUCUCAAUGUUUCCAUGCAGUAUGUUUGCUGAAGUUAGGAUCACUGCAACAGAUACACUUAGAUUCUAAUAAAAAGCUUCAUUAAAAGUCUUUUGGUUUGUUGUA